GCAGUCAGUAAUGUGCUGCUACGCAAAGCACCAGGUUAUGUGUUCUUCGACUUCGUUCAGGAUGUCUCCAUAGAUCAUCCGACAACAGCUCGCCCUUUGACUCGACCCAUGACAAGCUCCAUAUACGGAUUUAUUUUUCAACUGCAACUGCUCAGCUCGUGGGGAGAUGAGUUCUACAUCGGUUUGAACGGCAUCGAACUCUAUGACCGACGACAUGAGCGGAUUAAAGUCAGAGCACACAAUCUGGCUGCUUUUCCUGAAAGCGUCAAUAUUCUGCCGGCUGUAGACGGUGAUCCUCGAACGAGUCUAAACCUUAUCAACGGCUGCAAUGAUACUGAUAGGGCCGAGCAAAUGUGGUUGACACCAAUGUUACCGAACCGAUGCGCUAGGGUAUUUUUCGUGUUUGAUGUGCCAGUCGCAGUUUCCACGUUCGUCAUUUAUAACUACCGUAAGACACCUGCUCGAGGAGUUCGGCAUAUUUCGGUGUCCGUCGAUGAUCUGAUCGUCUAUUCUGGUGACGUACCUGCAAGCACAGCCGAAAAAACCGGAAUCCUCGAGAUCAAUUUUCGGGAGUAG